GUGGCCUUUGGGUCCACGUCCGUGGAGCCACUACCUGCUUUGAGGUCGAUGGAAGCGAGAGAUGGAGUUCUUUCGCCGAGGAGCUGCGUCCUCGUUUCUGGUCCAGCGGCUGGAGCUAGGCUCGGGUUAGGUCGAGAGGGCAGCUUGUGGGGGCACCUGGUUCCCAUUGCUUCCUCCCAGCAGUGGGUUGAUGCCAGCGUCUCAGUCCUGGAAACCCCGCGGCUGGAGAGCAGUAGCCGUGUCGCUCAUGGUCACUCGGUGACAAUGAGAAGGACUCAGCCCAGGGACUGGACCCGAGGAGGUGCUAGGAGGCCGCCCAACAUCGCGCGGGCCUGUCCUGGGGCCGAGACGGACGCGCCCGCGCCCCGCAGGUGUGUCGCAGUCCAGGGAGCCCGGACUGUGCCAGAGUUGCGGUGCAACCCUGGGCAGUUUGCCUGUCGCAGUGGCACCAUCCAGUGCAUCCCUCUCCCCUGGCAGUGUGACGGCUUGGUGACUUGUGAGGAUGAGAGCGACGAAGCCAACUGUCCAGAAGUGACUGGGGAUUCUCGACCUUACCAUGGGAAGGAAGCUGUGGAUCCGAGGCAGGGGCGGGCCCGAGGUGGCGACCCCACGCAUUUCCACUCAGUGAAUGUGGCGCAGCCUGUUCGCUUCAGCAGGAAGUGUCCGACAGGGUGGCACCACUAUGAAGGCACGGCCAGCUGCUACAGGGUCUACCUGAGUGGAGAGAACUACUGGGACGCUGCACAGACCUGCCAGCGCGUCAAUGGCUCCCUUGCCACCUUCUCCACCGACCAGGAGCUGCGUUUCGUCCUGUCCCAAGAAUGGGACCAGCCAGAGCGGAGUUUCGCUUGGCAGGACCAGCACAAGUUGUGGGUUGGCUACCAGUAUGUCGUCACCAGCCGGAACAGCUCCUUAGAAGGCCACUGGGAGGUAGCAUUCAAAGGUUCCUCAGAGGUUUUCCUACCCCCAGACCCCAUCUUUGCCUCGGCCAUGUCUGAAAGUGACAAUGUGUUCUGCGCCCAGCUGCAAUGCUUCCACUUCCCCACUCUCCGCAACCAUGACCUGCACAGCUGGCAUGCGGAGAACUGCUACGAGAAGUCUUCGUUUCUCUGUAAAAGAAGUCAGACAUGUGUUGACAUCAAGGACAAUGUGGUGGAUGAAGGGCUCUACUUCACCCCCAAAGGAAAUGACCCAUGCCUGAGCUGCACCUGCCAUGGAGGGGAGCCAGAGAUGUGCGUGGCUGCCCUCUGCGAACGGCCCCAGGGCUGUCAGCAGUAUCGCAAGGACCCCAAGGAGUGCUGCAAGUUCAUGUGUCUGGACCCAGAUGGGAAUAGCCUGUUCGACUCCAUGGCCAGUGGGAUGCGUCUCAUUGUUAGCUGUAUCUCCUCCUUUCUCAUCCUGUCCCUGCUGCUUUUCAUGGUCCACCGGCUACGCCAGAGGCGCCGGGAGCGCAUUGAGUCCCUGAUUGGAGCAAACCUGCACCACUUCAACCUUGGCCGGAGGAUCCCCGGCUUUGAUUAUGGCCCAGAUGGGUUCGGCACAGGCCUCACGCCGCUACACCUUUCUGAUGAUGGAGAAGGAGGGACUUUCCACUUCCAUGAUCCUCCGCCCCCCUACACUGCGUACAAGUACCCAGACAUUGACCAGCCUGAUGACCCACCGCCACCUUAUGAGGCCUCCAUCAACCCUGACAGCGUGUUCUACGACCCUGCAGCUGCAGCUUCUGGUCUGGGGGCUGUGAGCACUGUUCCACCUGCCCACCUACAGCCCAGUAAUGCCCUAAUGUCACGUGGGUCCUGGUUCAACCCCCACUGAAUCUGAAAGGGUUUC